GGGUAACGUGAAAUUCGUGCUAGCUCAGAUUUACUGAAUUCGAAUCCGUAAGCGGUGAAAAAACUUUUGUAACUUGGCCGUUACAAACAACCGUAUGUAUUAAAAAUAAUAAUAUAUUAGUCACAAUGCACAAUGCAGGUACUUCUAACCAAAUAGUAAAGAUCAAAUACUAUUUGGUUAUAGCAUCACUAAUUUCUUUAGUGUUCCAGAAUGGCUUUGUCAUUUUCUCUUUUAUUUGUAACUUACGGACAUCUUGCCAUGAAAACGCUGUAACGAAAAUGGUUUAAUUCUUUAAGGGGAUAUUUUGUUGUUAUUUUCUAAAGUAUUAAUGAGAUACAAAUGCUAUAAUUGUUUUAGUAUCAGGCGACUGUAUGAAAAUGGAAAUAAAUGACUCUUACUAUCAAAAUGACUUUGUAAAAUUGCAAAUUAAUUCAAAAUGAUAUAUUAAUGGAUUAUAAUUAGACAAAAAAAUAUAGCUAUAUAUCAAAUAACCAGGCUGAGACAUGACUUUUGAAAAUAUCAUUGUAAUUUUGAAUAACAUUUCUCGCUAAAAGUGCCUGCUUCGGCGAAUAUAUAUAAGUUUGGCUGAUAAUGGUGAUCUGGCACAAUUUCAUUCAGUUCUUAUGCUGGGAAAAUUGGUUUCAAAUCUGAAAUUUGAUUCCAUUAUUCGUAUAAAUAGAAAAACGUUCAGUCUGAUAGCGUACAUGCAUGCGUAGUAUCAAAAAAGGGCAACUCAAAACUAAUUACAACUUUUGCGAACAUCAACAAUAUUUACUCAUAAUUCCGAAGUUAAAGUGAUAAAAGCUGGCCAUUUAACGCUUCAACGGUGUACGCAAAUCAUGCGAUCAGGAUACCACUUUGUAUUCUACGUUUUGUAGCGUUCAUUUAAUUAUCAUUUAUCUGAAGAGAUUUGUCAUAUCUGCAUUUCAACGUAAGACAUUAUGGGAGGGGAUUUUGAAAUUCGUAUUUUGUACUUCGCCCCGAGCCUUCGUUCGAUUUCACUCAGUCUCUGACAGUUCCCCAGCCGUCUCUCGUAAUAACAGUCCGCUGCCGCGUCCUCUCUUACCGCUCUCUCCUGUGGUUUUCAGUAGUUCAGGGUCGAAGGGAAACAGGUCGAAUGGCUUUUUGGGCGUUGUGCGGACAUUGACUGGAUUUGUAUUUGAAAAGGUUUCAUUACUCUUGGAUUAUUAGACAAUAAAGCCACCCUGCUGCGUCAUGGAAUUCACCGAUGUGGGUGCAUGCUUGCAAGAUUUUAAUGACCUUGCCAAAGACUACAAAGUUUUAGAGGAUCUUAACCGAGAGUACCUGGCGAAACUAGAACAAGUAGGAGAUCUUCAGGCAAAAUGCAUGAAAGAAAUAAAUCAUCAAAGAUACCGCCUUGGGAUUAUUGGUCGCUCUAUAAAAAAAUUGUCAAAAGGAAACGAAGCAAGUAAUAAAACAAUAAUGGAUCUUGAGAAGGAUAUGAUACGAAGGAAAGCUCAACUUCAUGAAAUGGAGCAAACCUUGCCAAAACAAAAUGGACUGUAUUUGAAGAUUAUACUGGGAAAUGUUAAUGUAUCAAUACUGAAUAAAAAUGAUAAGUUCCGAUACAAGGAUGAAUAUGAAAAAUUCAAACUAGUUUUGAGUGUAAUUGGUUUUGUAUUAUCCGUUAUUAACCUUACUACAAAUUUUCGCACUUUGGAACUGAGUUUUAUGUUUCUGUUGGUGUGGUAUUAUUGCACUUUAACCAUCCGAGAAAGUAUUUUGAAAGUAAAUGGGUCUCGUAUAAAAGGAUGGUGGAGACUUCAUCAUUUUAUUUCAACUGUAGUAGCUGCUAUUCUUUUAAUUUGGCCCAAUAAUGGUGCAUGGUAUGAAUUUCGGACACAGUUCAUGUGGUUUAAUGUAUAUAUUAGUGUUGUACAAUAUCUCCAAUUCCGGUAUCAACAAGGAGUUCUUUAUCGGCUAAAAGCUUUGGGAGAACGCCACACUAUGGACAUCACUAUUGAAGGAUUUCAUUCUUGGAUGUGGCGGGGACUGAGCUUUUUGUUGCCAUUCCUUUUCCUUGGUUAUCUUUUCCAGCUGUACAAUGCGUAUGUUUUGUAUCAUCUUAGCUAUCAUCCAGAGGCUACUUGGCAGGUUCCUGCACUUUCAUUUUCAUUUUUUGUGUUAUUCCUUGGAAACACAGUUACAACAGUGAUGGUUGUUCCUCAGAAAUUUCAACAGGUUAAAUUCCAUUAUCAAUUUAUGUCAUGGGGAAGCAAAUCUCAACAUUCAUCUCCUAAUAAUAAAAUGAGUGGAAAAACAGAAGAGACUGAAAAUGCCAAGAGCAAAUCUAAUAAAGAUAAAGAACCAAAAAAGACAGACUGAGUAUCUGCAUGUGCACCAUAGGUGCCUAGGGAAUGCAGGAAAAUAUAAAUUAUGUUAAUGUCAUUAACUGUAUUGAGUGAAUUGUGAAUCGCAAAUUUCCUCUUUGCUAUAUGUAAAUAUUGUACCUCGGAAGAAUACAUUAAUAAAAUAAGUGUUUUCAAAUUUGUAUAUAUUGUUUGUAUGUUGUGAACUUCAAACAAACUUGUGAAUGAAUGCAAGUUUUACUGGCUUUCUGCACAUAUCACAAUUUGGUAGACAUUUUUGAGUAAGAAGAUGACUGUUGAUGUUUUAGGUCUUAAAUUUGGGUUACCUUAGUAGAUGAAAAUUUUUCUUGAAAUGCAGAUUUAAUGAAAACAAACUGUCUGUGACAAAUAUUGGAAAUACAAAGUCUUAAGAAAACCUUGUGAGAAGGGAAAUUCUGAGAAGAAAAUAAUUACAUUAACAAAAAUGUUAUAAUAUAUAAAAAUUGUGUUGUAGACUAGCUUUGUCCAUUAGAAUAUUGCAAAGAUUUGUCAGAAUGACAGUUAAAAUACUACAAGGGAAAUUAAUGAUGAAUGUUUCCCAUCUAUAUUUCAGAGCUACCUAUCCCGCUGAAGAACCAUAUUUUUCCAUUACAGCCGAUAGUAUUACUUUGAUUUAUUUUAAUGAAAUUACAACACACAGAGAAUAUCAAAAUAGAGAGAAUGUAUAUAAAUAGGUUACAUUUCUGGUCUCAUCAGGGCCCUUUUUUUUAUUAAAUAUUUUUUUAGCAUAAUGUAAUUUUUCUAACUUAAAUAUAAAUAAAAGGAAAUGUGUGUCACACAUACAAAUCUAUUCAAUCAAUUUCAGUGAAAUUUUCAGAUUUUGUUCUUAUUAGUAGUGGGAGUGUUUAAAGAGUGAUUUGAAUAAAAUUUGACAAGUGGGG